AUGGCGGGCGCCCAAAUUAGUCCGACUAUCGGCAUCACAGUCUAUACGGACCCCGAUUCUCGCGCCGAAUCAGCUGCUUGGGCACACACCAAGAGACAAGUGAGGCCACGUCCUAGUCCUGCUUUUAACCAAUAUGUCCCUGCAAGUGACAUUUCACCUCUCCAAAACCAGAAACCAUCAGCUUUAGAUGACUCAUUUGUUGGAAUGAGUGGAGGCGAGAUUUUCCAUGAGAUGAUGCUGAGGCAAGGUGUUAAACAUAUCUUUGGAUACCCUGGCGGUGCUAUCCUCCCCGUUUUUGACGCCAUUUUCAACUCGCCGCACUUAGACUUUGUGCUCCCACGACAUGAACAAGGUGCUGGCCAUAUGGCUGAGGGCUAUGCUAGAGCUACAGGAAAACCAGGUGUAGUACUUGUCACCUCAGGACCAGGUGCAACUAAUGUUAUCACUCCAAUCCAGGAUGCUUUCUCGGAUGGGACUCCCAUGGUUGUCUUCUGUGGCCAAGUCGCUACAACUGCCAUUGGCACGGAUGCUUUCCAGGAAGCAGACGUCAUUGGCAUAUCUAGAGCUUGCACGAAAUGGAAUGUCAUGGUGAAAUCAGUGGCAGAGCUCCCAAGACGCAUCAAGGAAGCCUUUGAAAUAGCUACUGGUGGCCGUCCAGGCCCCGUUCUUGUGGAUCUCCCAAAAGAUGUGACCGCUAGCAUCCUGCAAAAGCCUAUUCCGAUGAGCAGCUCUCUCCCCACGCAGCCAAGCGGCGCUACCCUUGCUGUCCGUGAACUUAACGCCCGCUACCUGGAGGCAAAUAUUGGGCGUGCAGCGAAGCUGAUUAACAUUGCGAAGAAGCCAGUGCUCUAUGUUGGUCAGGGUAUCCUUGCGCGCCCGGAAGGACCACAGUUGCUCAAGCAGCUCGCGGAUAAGGCAAAUAUCCCGGUCACAACCACUCUUCAGGGCCUAGGUGGAUUCGACGAGAUGGAUCCUAAGUCUCUCCACAUGCUGGGAAUGCACGGCUCAGCUUACGCCAACAUGGCCAUGCAGGAAGCAGAUUUGAUUAUUGCCUUGGGCGCCCGAUUCGACGACCGUGUUACUGGCAGCAUUCCCAAAUUUGCUCCCCAAGCCAAGGCCGCUGCCCAUGAACAGCGUGGUGGCAUCAUCCACUUCGAAAUGGUGCCUAAGAAUGUCAACAAGGUGGUCCAAGCAACGAUAUCAGUAGAGGGUGACUGUGCCGAUAACCUUGCCCUUUUGCUUCCACAGAUCAACACCGUCGAGGAGCGACCCGAAUGGUUCGCGCAAAUCAACGACUGGAAGAAGCGAUUCCCUCUUUCAUCCUAUGAGAAGCAAACUCCAGACGGCCUCAUCAAACCCCAAGCCCUCAUCGAAAAACUCAGCGAAUUAACCGCGCACAUGAAGGAUCGUACCAUCAUCACCACUGGUGUCGGCCAGCACCAGAUGUGGGCAGCCCAGCAUUUCCGAUGGCGCCAUCCACGCACCAUGAUCACCUCCGGCGGCCUUGGGACAAUGGGAUACGGCCUCCCAUCCGCCAUCGGCGCUAAGGUUGCACGUCCCGAGGCCCUCGUGAUUGACAUUGAUGGCGACGCAUCCUUCAACAUGACACUGACAGAGCUGUCAACGGCGGCGCAGUUCAACAUUGGCGUUAAGGUUAUUGUUCUGAACAACGAGGAGCAGGGGAUGGUUACGCAGUGGCAGAGUCUUUUCUACGAGGACCGCUUUGCGCAUACUCACCACCUGAAUCCGGAUUUCGUCAAGUUGUCUGAGGCUAUGGGGGUGCAGGCUAGGAGGUGCACGAAGCCCAGCGAAGUGGAGGCUAGCUUGAAGUGGCUUAUUGAGAGUGAGGGGCCUGCUUUGCUUGAAGUGGUUACAGAUAAGAAAGUUCCUGUGUUGCCCAUGGUUCCUACGGGUAAGGGCUUGCAUGAAUUUCUGGUAUAUGAUGAAGCCAAGGAGAAGGAGAGAAGGGCUCUCAUGAAGAAGCGAUCGGGCCGUUGA